AUGAGUUUAGUGUUGAAGGAAUCUAGGAACAACAGGCAACUUUUCUUGGCCAAACUAGAUAUUGCUUGGUCUCGCUACAUCACUCUAAUGCAGUGUUUUGACAAUUUGCUUCAUCUUCCUGUAAAUCCUCUUCCUUUAUCAUCCUCAAAAAAACACCUAUUUUUCAUCCUGAAAGCAAACCGCUUACUUCAGUUGUGUCAGUUGAAUCCAUCUGUUAUUGCUGGAGCUGUUUUUUGUAACAGUCGGAUUCUUGCAUCACAAUUAACACCUGAAGUUACUUUCUACUUAACAUUGAUGUCUAAUGUGAAUGCUUCAUCACCGGUUACCAAUGUGCCCAACUCUAUGACUGAUUUACCACCUGAUGUAGAACUUAAGUACGUCUACUUAUCCCGCAGAACGAUAGCGAGUAUACUCAAGUUUAAUCACGUUUAUGUGGGUAGUCACAUUAGAAUGAAGAAGGAACAUUCCAAAGUGGCCAUUUCCACUCCAUUGACAGUGAGCUCUGGCUCAGAAGGAGAUGUCGAUUCUGGAAACUGCAGUGAGAGUCUGAGGGGACUAGAUCAAAAGAAUAGGAAAGUGAUGCAUCCGAAUCCUAUACAAAAUUAUGAGCUCCAGCGUAAUUUCACUUCAACCUUGAGUGAGGAAGAAGAUUCAGGAGUUCAUUCCCAGAGUCCACUUUUAAGUCAUAAAAAUGUAUUAAGUGAAUUCAAAAAGAUAUUUUGUGAUAAUCAAGCUACCAUGGCGAGAGAAAGGUUCGAGUUUCCCGGUGUUUCCAGUGAAAAAGACGAACCUGAAAAGAUGGUCCUCUUUGUGCAGAGAUGUGGGGCAUGUACACUUUUAUUGCUUCUCAAGAAGAAAUAUGAGAACAAGGUUCUUAAAUAUUUGUGGAAUUGUGGAUUUUCUCUCCUGAAGGAUUUGGAACAUGGAGCAGAAAAAAUGUUGGAAAAUUAUGUUCAUACGGAUGCAACUUCAUACUUGCUUUUGUAUAAUAAUGCUCAAGAAAUCUUGAAGGAGCACCCUUGUUUUGCUCAUACAAGAUUUUCUGAAAAAUUAACAAAGGAAAUUGUUUCUAACCUCCAAGAGGAUUUCAUAUCAGAUCCAAGCCUUCAUUUAAUGUGCCUUAUGUAA